AUGGAAUCGUGGAAAAGACUUACUGAUGCUCCAAUUUCACGGGUUAACCAUCAAGCAAUUUGUUUGGAGGAUCGUAUAUUUGUUUUCGGGGGUUUUAAUUCUCAAAUGUUUGAUUUAGACUACAAUGAGCGUCAGAUAGACACAUUUAUGUGGGAUAUUCAGAAAAAUAAAUGGGAGCAGCUCCCUUGUCCUCUCUUACUGAAAUCAUGGGACUGUACUCUCAAAUCUUGGGGACCUGAUCCCAUCCUAGAAAGUAGUGGUUCUAUCCAACCUAGUCUUAGAUUCGGUCAUACUGUUGUUGCUUGGCGUGGUCGAGGUUGGCUUUUCGGUGGAAGAAUGCAACAGCGAGUAUGCCCUAAUCAGCUGUACAUGUUCGAUCCUGGUUCGAAGUUUCUCUGUCAAUCGGUUAGUCGGUCUGCAUUGUCCGGUAGCCUAAAAUUAAAUCAUACUUUCAAUGCUAAAAAGUUUCAUCCUCCCUGUUGGGCUGAAGUAAGAGGUACGGUUGGUAGCGUACCGAGUGCUCGAGAUGGUCAUUCAGCUACUGUUUUAGAAGAUGCAAUGUUUAUAUUUGGUGGCUUCGAGGAUAUCUUUAAUAAUUAUGACAAUUCAGUUUAUCGACUGGAUUUCAUUACUUGGAACUGGACGCGUAUAGAAAUUCGUGAUGAUUUGUUAUCGUUUUCAGAUCUUUCCCUUAGCAUUCCAUUCGAUACAAAUAGGAGUCGACAAUUCGGUAUAGACUCGCACGAAUAUUUAGAUUGCAUUUGGAAUGAUAACAUAUCACAUGAUCAAACAUCCCAUUCUAGAACUCCUUUACCUCGUGAUUUCGCAUGUCUUACUAGUCACCAAGGUCGUAUAUUUCUGUUUGGUGGACGAAGUAAAUCACCUAAUCACCCAUCAUGUGAUGUCUAUGAUUCUGCUCUAUGGGAGCUCAUUCCUCUUGUCAGUGUAUCAGAUUACUCCUCCUCUGAUACGGCGAACAUUUCGGAAGGACAGAAGCUAACUCUGGCAAAAUGUAAUUUUUGUGGUGUAGAAAUGAUCGAUUAUUUGGGUACUACCUCCGGCGGGUUACUUCGCAUCCUGUGGGAAGAAGAAACAGGAAACUGGUGUGGACCUGAAUUCUGGGCAACUUCUCCCUCUCGUCCAUGUUGUUUGUGGAAAUUUAUUCAUAGUAAUGUAGAAAACAAAUCAUAUACACCAAAAUAUGAUAAACUAACAUCAAACUAUCAUUCCCGUUGGUCAAGUGGUUAUGCAGUUUGGAUAAUUCGUCAUCCAGGUCAUGGUUUACAAUCAGCAGAAGUUCUGCUUUCACAAAUGUUCAAUAAAGUUAAUGGAUUCACAUAUGAUCCAAAGUCAUCAUUUGUGGAAUCGUCGUCAUCAUCAACAUCAUCAAAGUUAAAUUCACCUUACGGACGUAGGAGUCUUUCACAUUGGUCCUACAAUGGUAAUUUAUAUAUUGCCUUUGGUGCUAUUCGAUCACAGACAGGUCGGAGUCUCCAGGUACACUAUCAAGAUGUUUGGCGCUUCAAUUUGUCUACCUUGUCUUGGAUACAACUUUCCUAUAUGCCUAGUAUGAAAUCAUCAAAUCUGCACAUCCAUAUACCUUCUGCCCGUAGACGUGCUGUAGCGUGUCUAUAUAUGGCUCCACCUAGUACUCAUCGCGAUUAUAAUCCCACGUUAAUCAAACAACAACCUCGGGUAUUUGUAUUUGGUGGAACACAACCAAGAGCACUUAAUGAGAAAAUAUCUCUUGUCAACAAUAAUGGCCAUAACGAUUCACGAUCUACCAACGAGUAUUCAACAUCCUUUGGAAUGCUUCCUCACAGAAGUUUAUUCAGUCUGAAUUGGGGUAAUAAUCGAACCCAGAAUGAAGUACUUGGCUUGAGAAGAACCAGUUCCUCAUUGAAAUCAUUUGUUUCAAUUUUAUGCGUCCAAUCGACUUCUUCGAUUCCUGAUCCUGAUCAUGGUAAUGUCAUAUCUUCAAAUUCUACCACAAAUUCAUCUCUAUCUACUUCUGCAACACCGUCGUCGUCCUCUUCAUCACCAUCAAAUACGCCAGUGACAACUUUCUAUCUUAUUAUUAUCAUUCCAUCCUAUUUAUGCAAUUCUCAAUUAUUAAAUGGUUUGAUUCCGUUGCUAAUUAAUGAUUUUAUCCUGUUGUCUAACUUAUUUGUUAUAAGCUUUGAUGAAUUGUCUCAAUUAUUUAAUCUAACAACUAACACAUCUGAUAAUAAUAACAAUAAUAAUAGUGAUGCGCCAUUUAUUAAAUAUCUCCAAUCUAUACAUUCUCAUCAAUUCAAUCACAUGAAUCCACAUAGUACUAGCAACAACACCAGUAAUAAUAACAAUAAUGUUACUAUUGAUGAAACGAUCCAUCUAUUUCAUUUAGCCUGGUUAACUUUAACAAAUAUGUUCUCCGCUCAUAAAACAACGAGUCGCAGUGAUAUUAGUAAUGAUACCAGUUGUGAAAGGAAUUCUACACCUUGUUCGUUAUCGAAAUUUCAUAUUAUUUUUGUUGCAAACUGUCCAGUGUCACCUAGUUGUCUUUUGUUUAACUCCGAAGCAAAUCAAAACUACAAACCUUUAAUAUUAAAACAAUACACAUUUUCUCAAAAUUCACAUGAAAUAAUUAAUUUAGAAAAACCAUGUUGUAUUAAUCAUGCAUCUGAUAUAUACACAUCAUCACAGCUAAUUAAUAUCUGUCUCAAUUCAGUGAUUUAUGGAUUGUUCGAAGCGGUAGAACGUGGAUUAAAAUAUACAUAUUCCAAGUGUCCUACUACAACAACUAAUUCAUUGUCAUCAACAGUGUGCAAUUCUACUAUGUUUCUUAGUGAUGAUGAUGACGAUGAUAAUGAUAGUCAACAUCAUCAUAAUUUCUUAACUUAUAAAACAUUUUUUAUAUACUCUGAUAUUGAUAUGGAAGAAUUGGAAAAUUAUGCAACUCAUGUUUAUAUUGAUGUAAAUCAGAUAACAUCUUAUGUUAAAACUAGUACCUUAGAUGUCAUUUAUAAUGACAUUAAUAAUAAUAAUAAUAAUAAUAAUAAUAAUAAUAAUAAUAAUAAUAAUAAUAAUAAUAAUAAUAAUAAUAGUUCAUUCUUCUCAUCAUCAUCAUCCACUUCAAAAUCGACUUACAACUCCAAUAUUCUAUCUUAUCCAAAUAAAAACUCUGUACAACAGACUGUGGCAUCCGUUUUAUUGAAAUAUUUACAUUUUAUUCAAACUUCAUUUCAUUUAAUAUUUGACGAUAAUAAAUUGUUAUUAAAUCAACAAGAAAUUUUACAACCUUCAUACACAGAUCCUGUUCAUUUAUACAGUGACAACAAUAGUAAUACAUUUUCGACGCCUCCUGUACAUUUCACAAUAAGAGAUUCGUCUACUGUAAAUUCAACUAGUGAUAUUUCCGGUAGAUAUUUAGAGUCAUCUACAUCAAAUAAUAAUAAUUCGCACGUCGUAUCAGGAUCUUCACAUUAUUUUCUCAGUGAAAGACUAGCGUUAGAAAUACUCAACAAUGAGAAUAUUUUCAAUUUUACAGGAAUUGGCAUGUACAGUGGUGGUAGUAGUAACGAGAAUUUUUUUACUUUAAAUCCUCCAUCUGCAACCAUUGAAGAUGAAAUUAAUGAUGAUGAUGUUGAUCACGAUGGUGAUGAUUCUGUGGAUUCUGAUUUUUCGGAAAUUAAUUGUAUACCUAAUAUAGGAGUUUUGUCGAAGGGUACAGAAAAACUCGUAGAAUUGUCUGACUGUUACACUUUCACUUUCGACACUAGCCUUUAUGAAUUGUGUCUUCGUAGUUCAUCUGAUCUUGCUCAAGAACCUGUUGUCUCACAGAUUUUACCAUCAACUAUAGUGAAUGAUUUAAAACAUCUAUAUUCACCUCAUAUUUAUUCGAUGCGUCGAUCACGAUUCGGAUAA